AUGUCGCCUCUCACACGAAUCCUCCUGCAACUUGCCAUUGUCCUACUAUGCGCCCUAACCACAUACUCUGCCGUGAUUCGACCCUCACCUGGUCCGGGGAAAUAUCGAGUCCGACGAGCUGCCUACCCAGAUCCUUCAUUUCUAAGGGACCAUUUUUCACUCUCCAAAGUACCCCGAAGACACACGGCCGAAUCGAUCGAAGUCGUACCAGACCCGUCCAAUAUGGAUGCACUGUCCGAAGUAUGGCGUUCCCGAGAAUGCGAAUACAAAUGCCGGUUGAAGUGUACUACCUACUGUGUUCAAUCUUGUCUUUCAAUUUGCUGA